CUCGUAAAUUGUUUUUAGUCUUGCUUAAUUUUGUGAGUUGAAAAAGGGUUGGAAGCAGCAAAACUGGACAAGCAUGGUCGUUGUGAAGUAGGCAAAUAGCCAUGAAGAACAACGACCGAGAGGAGGAGCGAAAGAAGGAUCCCUCUCUCAACAUCGACUCUAGAUUCAAUCAAACCCUCAGAAGUGUUCAAGGAUUGCUUAAAGGACGGAGCUUCCCUGGAAAAGUAUUGCUUACCCGGAGGUCAGAUCCACUGGAUGUCUCUGGCUUAUCAGAACACUCUCCAGGUAUUGAAAGGAGCCACUCAGAAAAUGAUCUUGGACCAGGUGAAAACAUGGACAGGUCUUCUGAGGAAGAAGAUCAUGGUGCAAUCAAGCCACCAAACAGUACGACUGCUAAUAGGUUAAAAUCAUCUAUUCCAAAUAUUCAAAAUUCAUCCAGAGAAUCUCAGAAGAACACGACGGGGGCUAGAGCUACUGAUUCAGCAAGGGUUAUGAAGUUCAAAAAGGAACUCUCUGGACCAACUGUUAUAUUGGAGACAUUACGUGAGUUAUCUUGGAGUGGCGUACCUCCAUAUAUGCGCCCAAAUGUAUGGAGGCUUCUUUUGGGAUAUGCACCACCUAAUUCAGAUAGAAGGGAUGGUGUUCUUGCAAGAAAGCGGCUUGAGUACCUAGAAUGUGUUUCCCAGUAUUGUGAUAUUCCUGAUACGGAACGUUCAGAUGAAGAAAUAAACAUGCUUAGGCAGAUUGCUGUUGAUUGUCCGAGGACUGUACCUGAUGUCACUUUCUUUCAACAAGCAGAGGUUCAGAAAUCUCUAGAACGUGUCCUCUAUACAUGGGCCAUUCGACAUCCAGCAAGUGGAUAUGUUCAGGGGAUAAAUGAUCUUGUAACACCAUUUUUAGUUGUUUUCUUGUCUGAACAUCUGGAAGGGAGCAUGGAGAAUUGGUCAAUCUUGGAUCUAACCCCACAGAAAAUUUCUAACAUAGAAGCUGACUGCUACUGGUGUCUAUCAAAAUUACUUGAUGGUAUGCAAGACCACUAUACAUUUGCUCAACCGGGAAUUCAACGCCUUGUUUUUAAGUUGAAGGAACUGGUAAGGAGGAUAGAUGAACCUGUUUCAAGGCACAUGGAUGAACAAGGCCUGGAGUUUCUUCAGUUUGCUUUCCGCUGGUUCAACUGUCUUCUAAUACGUGAGAUCCCUUUCCACCUUGUAACACGUCUUUGGGAUACAUAUCUUGCAGAAGGAGAUGCAUUGCCUGAUUUUCUAGUGUAUAUAUUUGCCAGCUUCCUAUUAACUUGGUCAGAUAAGCUGCAAAAGCUUGAUUUUCAAGAGAUGGUGAUGUUUCUUCAACAUCUUCCUACUCAGAACUGGACCCACCAAGAGCUUGAAAUGGUGCUUUCAAGAGCAUACAUGUGGCACACCAUGUUCAACAGCUCCCCGAGUCACUUGGCCAGCUGAGAUAAUAUCAGAUCCAUCGCUAGUCCUUUUUUUUGUUUGUUUCUCUACUACAAUACGGAGGAAACUAAAUACUUUCAAUUUGUAUUCGUGUUUGUAAUUUAUAUGUUUUGAACUGUUUCUUUGUAAAACCACCUGUGUCCAUGAAUGCAAGAGCUUUGAGAUAGAAGUGCCAUUUAUUUUUUUUGUGAUUAUGAAAUAAAAUCCGCCAGUUUGAGGUUA